UUUAUUUCUUUUUAAUUAUUUUUAAAUUCUUUCUCUCAUUAUAUAAAUAAUCUUAUCUGGAUAUCAUUGAAAUUUUAGUUAAAACUUGGGCUGUUGCGAAUGCAUGUGGUAUAUCCCAAUCAUAAGUACAAACAAUUAAAAUGGAACUCUUACACAAAAUCUGGGGUUUCGCUUAGCAAGCAUUUCGAAUGUGGCCCAUGUAAGCAUUGCGACAUAACGUCACUUUAAAGAUUUAGAGCACCGGCUUUGCGUUCGAGUCAAGUUUUGUGAGGUGAUACAGUGAAGUUCGGCGAAAAGAAUUCUGCAGUAAAUCUAAUUCAAUUUUUGAUUCGCGCAUAUUGCUCAAAAGAAAGUAAUUCACGUUUCAGAUCAAAAUGUAUUUAACGUUAGCGAUGAUGGCUCUUUGCAUAUCGUACUCUUACGCAGAGGAUAAUAAUACUGUUACAAAUAAGCCGUUCACAACUACAAAAGAACAGCCAACUGGCUGCGUCUGUGCCGUAUUUUUAAGCGGACAAUUUAAGAAGGGCAGCAAGGAGCCACCCAAAGGAUAUCCCGCGCUCGUCCACGAAUAUCCCGAUCCACUUCCAUGUAAUACUGCUGGGAACAAACUUUGCGUCAACAAAUGUCUCGAUAUUAUAGUGAAACAUCUACCGAAAAGUCCGGCAAUUCUCUGCGCCUCUAUCGACCGUGACUGUUACAAAGAAAGGGCUUAUCUUUUCAUGAAGAAUUGCAAAGAUGAAUGGAUAAAUACGAAUCUGUCGGCCGGUAGAGAAUAUUGCUGCAAAGAUGGCACGCCGUAUAAAUGUUAAUUAAUAUGUAUCUAUAAGAUAGCAUUUUUCUAUAACGAAACGACGUCGACUCUUGUACUAUUGUAAUUUAUAACUUUGAUAAUUCAAAUCAAUUUCUAAUAAAAUAAAGUUUCUAACAAAAUA